AUGUACUGUGCAUCAAGUCCUUUAGUGGGUCGGAAUCAACACGCGCCUGAAAUAAUGAAGAAAACCUUAAAUUGUGAGUCAAUGGGAAACUCAACUCACGGGCAAACGUCAAGGAGGUUUGGUUGUUUCAGUUUAGGAGCGUAUUUGGAUGAUUUUGAGCUCUGGAAAUAUCAAGGUUGGCUCUGCAGAUUUGGACGUUUUUCGUUUUCAAAUCACAACUAUGAAGAAAAGGAAGCAACACAUGUUUAUGAAAUGACUUACGGAGCAAUAAGAGAGACUAUAGCCUAUCUUUCUUAUGGACUUUCAUCUGGAAUCGAUAGAAAGUUCAAGAUGAUGAAAAUUAUCCAGGUGAGAUCAAUUGGAGGAAUAUAUAAUGGAUCUGUCAAGCAUAGCUGA